UAAAAAACGGAACUCUUGUCGGCAAACACUUUAUCAUAGAGAGAAAAAUAUACACGCUUUAAACGUAACUGAAGAAUAAACAGUAGAAGGAUUUUUACAAAUAAUUUAUUUGCGUGUAUAGAAGAUGGAGUAUAUUUCGACAUUUUGUAUCAUACUUUACGCCGUGGUUAUACAAGUAAAUGGCCACGGUCGUUUGAUCAGCCCUCCCGGGCGCUCUACAAUGUGGAGGUAUGGGUUCCCUACUCCCCAUAAUGCCGACGAUCAUCAAUUAUCUUGUGGCGGAUUUGGCGUUCAAUUUUAUAGAAACAAUGGCAAAUGCGGUAUUUGCGGAGAUCCUUACCAUAGUGAUCGCCCAAAUGAGGCUGGCGGAUUGUACGCAACAGGAACUAUUGCGCGCGCAUAUAACCAAGGUGACGUCAUCACGGUCCAAGUGGAAAUCACCGUCAAUCAUGGCGGUUGGUUUGAAUUUAAACUCUGUCCAAAUAAUGACGCGAAGAAACGAGCGACACAGGAAUGUCUGGACAAAUACUUGUUGCGACAUUUAGAUGGUUCAACGAGAACAAUUGUACCGGAAGGGCUCGGUAUCGUUUCGAUAAAACUAAGAUUGCCAAAGGACUUGACGUGUUCACAAUGUGUUCUACAAUGGAAAUGGAACACAGCGAGUAACGUACGUUGUAACGGGUCUAACUGUUGUCGGGGAUGCGGGCCACAAGAGCAGUUCUAUGGUUGUUCAGACAUAACUAUAAAAGGAAACAACUCACCAUACAAACCUCCCGUGAUUGUUCAACCUGUCCCAACACAGAAGCCACUCCCACCUAACUUUAAUAAUGGUGGAAGCGGCGGGGUACCAGGCUCGUUUCAACCUAUUGUUCCCAGUUUUGGCGGCAAUAAUUUGCCGACUGGACAUGUACCUAUUCCUGAUAUUGUUAAAGACUGUAAAGCAACUGCAUUAUUUAGGUCAAAUAACCCGAUAGCAGACGACUGGUGUAGGAGGAACUGUAUGAAUGGAUAUUGUCCAAAGGAUUACUGCGAUGACACGUGUAGAGGAGGUGCGACACUUGUUCCAAUAAACAACUCUAUGAAUAAUGAUUGUAAAGCAAAACAAUUUUGGCGGGAAAAGAACCCAGUUCCUGAAGCAGCCGAUAAAUGGUGCUUAAACAGAUGCAGAAACGGUCAUUGUCCCUUGGACUACUGUGAAGAUUCGUGUUGGGCACGAUUAUAAUUU